AUGAAGCUCAAGACUGUGUUGCUCAUAUUCAGCGCGGCCAUCGCAUCGUCAAGCCCUGCCAUUGUGCCUAACAGCGGCGGCAAUGUUGGGGACUCGAGCAUCGAGGAAGUACGAAUGCUGCCACCCGGCUCAGAUAUCCCGGGUCAGAACACACUAAAUCUUUGCAAGGGUGAACAUAGCCACGACGCCGUUGUGAUCGACCAAGUUGACUUCAUCCCCAACCCGCCCAAGAAGGGCCAGUCCCUCACAGUCGCGGCAGCAGGCACCGUAACCGAAGCUAUCGUACCGGGCGCAGUCGUUGAGGUGAAGGUCCAUUUCAUCGGCUCUCAGAUAUACCACCAUAAAUUCGAUAUUUGUGACGAGCUAGGGAGGCUGGGGCACAAGUGCCCACUGGAAUCAGGCCAGUACCAUUUUAACAAGACCUUUGACGUCCCCAAGAAGGUCCCCCACGGGACUUAUCAGUUGUGGGCGGGUGCCAAGCUUCCGAAUGGCCAUGCCAUCACCUGCAUUGACGGAAAAAUCAAGGUAGAUCGUUGA